GCGAUGAUCGCACCGCAUUCCCCUUGAACUUCACCUUCAAUACUGCUUCAAUACUGGCUUGGACAAGCUUCUAUACAGCUUCAUCACAACUCAACAACACACCGGCACAAUGACCCACCCCGCCAUGCAAAUUCCCGAGGUCAUCCAGACGGCCUCGAUCAACCGCAACCCAUCGCCGGACCACGACAUCAACCCGCCGACCGCCGCCUCCGAGAAGCAGCCCGUCGUCGAAGAUGCGCCCUCCGAAGCUGACAGCAUUCCUUCCGAUCUCGUCGACCCCCGCCAUAUGGUCAAACCGACUCGUCGGCGCCAUAACUUCCCCCCCUUGCCCGACUUGCGCUUCGAACAAAGCUAUCUGGCCAGCUUGCGUGGCGCCGAUACCUGGGGAAGAGUCGCGUGGAUCACCAUCAGAGACCAGGUCCUCCUUCCUCUGAUGCAGGGCACGCUCUGGACUCUGGCCCUCUCCGGCUGGCGCUUCUGGAACCGCAAUGCCUCUCUCAGCGGGCAGACGCUGGGCAGCAGAAUCCGGCGGUGGUGGUACGAGGUCAAUAACUGGAAGCUUCCCCCUCUGGGAUCGGCCAGAGAUCCUCGGGUUGCGGCCAAGGUCGAUGACUUCCUGCAGUUUUACACGGCCCAAUUCUCCAAUGCU